GGGGCGCCUGGUCCCGGGAUGGAGGCGAACGGCCGGUCUCCGAGCUUCUUCUCUCAGGGUAGCACGGACCCCAAGCUUUUGCCAGGUCCUGUGGAGAUGUGCCCCGAGGAGGCGCUCUUGAAGGUGACAGGCCGCCUCAUGCUGUCUGUGGGAGGGGCAGUGCUUGGAUCUCUGCAGUUUGGCUACAACACUGGCGUCAUCAAUGCCCCCCAGAAGGUGAUCGAGGAGUUCUACAACCAGACGUGGAUCCACCGCUAUGGGGAGCCCAUCUUGCCCACCACACUCACCACGCUCUGGUCCCUGUCAGUGGCCAUCUUCUCUGUUGGAGGAAUGAUUGGGUCCUUCUCUGUGGGCCUCUUUGUUAAUCGCUUUGGCCGGCGGAACUCCAUGCUGAUGAUGAACCUGCUGGCCUUCGUGUCUGCUGUGCUCAUGGGCUUCUCGAAACUGAGCAAGUCCUUUGAGAUGUUGAUCUUGGGCCGCUUCAUCAUCGGCGUAUACUGCGGCCUGACCACGGGCUUCGUGCCCAUGUAUGUUGGGGAGGUGUCACCCACAGCUCUUCGUGGGGCUCUGGGCACCCUGCACCAGCUGGGCAUCGUUGUUGGCAUCCUGAUUGCCCAGGUGUUCGGCCUGGACUCCAUAAUGGGCAAUGAGGAGUUGUGGCCCCUGCUGCUCAGUGUCAUCUUCGCCCCAGCCCUGCUCCAGUGCAUCCUGCUGCCCUUCUGCCCCGAGAGCCCCCGCUUCCUGCUCAUCAACCGCAAUGAGGAGAACCGGGCCAAGAGUGUGCUGAAGAAGCUGCGCGGGACAGCUGAUGUGAGCCAAGACCUGCAGGAGAUGAAGGAGGAGAGUCGGCAGAUGAUGCGAGAGAAGAAGGUCACCAUUCUGGAGCUGUUCCGCUCCCCUGCCUACCGCCAGCCCAUCCUCAUUGCCGUGGUGCUGCAGCUGUCCCAGCAGCUGUCGGGCAUCAACGCUGUAUUCUAUUACUCCACGAGCAUCUUUGAGAAGGCGGGAGUGCAGCAGCCGGUGUAUGCCACCAUCGGCUCGGGCAUCGUCAACACAGCCUUUACCGUCGUGUCGCUGUUCGUGGUGGAGCGGGCUGGCCGGCGGACCCUGCACCUCAUAGGCCUGGGUGGCAUGGCAGGCUGUGCCGUACUCAUGACCAUCGCACUGGCAUUGCUGGAGCAGCUGCCUUGGAUGUCCUAUCUGAGCAUUGUGGCCAUUUUUGGCUUUGUGGCCUUCUUUGAAGUGGGCCCUGGCCCUAUCCCAUGGUUCAUUGUGGCUGAACUUUUCAGCCAGGGUCCUCGCCCAGCUGCUUUUGCCGUCUCUGGCUUCUCCAACUGGACAUCAAACUUCAUUGUGGGCAUGUGCUUCCAGUAUGUGGAGCAAUUGUGUGGUCCCUAUGUUUUCAUCAUCUUCACUGUGCUCCUGAUUCUGUUCUUCAUCUUCACCUACUUCAAAGUUCCUGAGACAAAAGGCCGGACCUUCGAUGAGAUUGCCUCUGGCUUCCGGCAGGGGGGAGCCAGCCAAAGUGACAAGACACCUGAGGAGUUGUUCCGCCCUCUGGGAGCUGAUUCCCAAGUGUGAGGUGCCCCACACCACCAGCCCGGCCUGCUCCCAGCAGCCCUAAGGAUGUUUCUGGAGCACAGGCAGCUGGAUGAGACUUCUAAAUUGACAGAUCUCAGCUGAGCCAGGCCUGGGUCUCCUUUCUUCAGCCAGCACCAAUGAUGUCCAGAAGAGUAUUCAGGACUAUAAUGGCUCCAGAGUUUUAACAAAAGCAAGACUGUUGCUCAAAUCUAUUCGGACAAGCAACAGGUUUUCUAAUUUUUUUAUUACUGAUUUUGUUAUUAUUUUUUUAUCAGCCAGACCCUCCUGUCCCCACGCCCCAGGCUUCACCCUGAGUGGCUCAGUGCCUGAGGGUGGGAUCAGGUCCUGUGCAGACACUUGCCUUCUUCACCAAGCUAAUCUUAGGGCUGGACCUAUGACCAAGGACACACUAAUCGAACUAUGAACUACAAGGCUUCUACACUAGGAGGUGGCUGUGGCCACUUCCUUUGCAGGCCUGGAUCUCUCUGCCCUAAGGGUUGGGUUUCAUUUUAGGAUUUGCCCACUGCCAUCUCUUCCUACCCAACCACGCAAAUUAAUCUUUCCUUGUGUAAGACCAGUUGGGAGCACAGAAGUGCAGGGAGGAGAGGGGAAGGGCUGCCAGGUUCUAGUCUCCUAUGCACUGAGGGCCAGACGAUCACCAUGAGAAAAGGCUUUGGGAGGCUAACUUACUGCUGAAGAAGACAUGGACACUUCUGCCCUGCUGUGUAUAGAUGGAAGAUAUUUAUAUAUAUUUUUUGGUUGUCAAUAUUAAAUACAGGCACUAAGUUAUAGUAUAUCUGGACAAACCAACUUGUAAAUACACGACCACACUUCUGUAACUUACCUAAAGAGAUAUAAAUGGCUGGUUUUUAGAAACGUGGUUUUGAAAUGCUUGUGGAUGAAAGGUAGGGAGGUUUGGGUGCGCGUGGGAAAGAAGCAAACAGAGUUGUAACUACUGCAGUGGUUGAUUUUCUGGCUCAGGAUCCCAUCCCUUCCAAACACCUCUAAUCAAUGCCCUUUGUUUAAAAAUCUAUCAUCUAUUACCCAGAGAAAAUCCAAAUUCUUUGACAUUCAAGUUAUUUCCAUCAUAUAUUUGAUAGUGUUCAAACAACAGCUAUUUGCUGACUGUGACGCUUGGGUUUAAUAGGCAUUAUCUUGUAUGUGAAGUACUGUAUAUUCCUUUGGCUCUUUCACAAGCCCUUCUCUAAACCCCACCCCUGAAACAAAAUUAACCAUGUUCUUUUAUGACCCUGGUGAGUUGUUAAGCUGCCUUAAUCUAUCUUUUGGAAUUACCCGCUCUGGGUCCAGCUAAAUGCUAUUGUCUCCUCUCUAAAGACUUCUGACCCUCCUCCUGCAUGCCCAAAUUUCAAGACCAUUUUUUUCCUUUCAAGACCAUCUUCCAUCUCUUCCUUUCCUAUGGUACUUGUACCCUUCCACUUUUAUCACAAGUCCAAAUUUCUCCCAUCUGUCUGAAUUUUACAGGAAGGAGCCAAUUUGGUUUGUCUGGGUUCUCAGAACUAUUCAAUGCAGUGCUUAGGCUACAACAGGCACUCAGUAGUUCAAAGGAAGAACCAAAAGUAUCUCUAGAGACUCAGCUGACAAAAUCGAAUUUGCCUUCAAAACACAUACGCAAAACUAAAAUUUCCUUGGCCAGAGAGGGUUUUAAGGAGGAAGUAAGAAGGGAAAGCAGGUACUUAGCAAAUGCAAGUGUCUGUCUGUAUCACCACUAGGUACUGUAUAGAAAAUGUGUGAGGUGUCCAUCCCCACCUCUCAAAUGGGAAGGCAAAUAAGGAAAGGGGUUGAGAGGAUGCGCCUUUCCUGACCUUGGGGCAGGGUGGUUAACCAAUGGAUGUAGGGCUGAGCCACAUCCAAUGGGAAGCCUCAUGUGCUCCCAAAAGCCUGUUGGAAGGAAUAACCGUUUAAGUUUCUUGGGCGCCUGAGGGGAGAGAGGAGGAAAGCCAGGGGCCCAAGGCGCCAGGGUUGCGCUCAAUCCUUUGGCACUAAGUGGAUCUUCAAAAGACCUGAUAUAAGUGCGUGGAGCGGUUGAGAGGAGUGCCUCUGAGGGCUGCCCGUCUCCCUGGCGCACAAGGGGCCAGCAGAACCAGGCAUCCCCCGCUCCGGUCCAGGGGUCCAGAUCUGGGUCUGCAAACACCCGAGAGCCCAGUUCCUCCCGCCCUGGCUCAGUACCCACGCCCCUGAUAAUGGCCAUUUCUCAAGCGAGGUGACCCGCAGGCGCAAGAAGCCCGGUCAGCCCCCAGCCGCUGCCCAUAAGGCUCCCGGAGGCCCCACUUCCGGUCUCUGACCCCUUUUCUGUAAGGGAUGCAACCUGCCUCGGCGUACAAGAUUUGAGGUGCGGCCGCCCCCUGCCGGGGCGAACAGCCAUCCUCCCCAGAAUUCCCGGCGAGGGCCCGCGCCGGCCAGCAGUUGGUGCGCAAACCUUCUAGGGUACCUUCGUCGAAGCUCAGGGGGCGGGGCUAGGCGGCAUCUCCACCAAUCAGAGCCGCAGUGGGGCGGUGUGAGGGCGAGCUCGCGGGCGCCGGCCUCCCCCGACCGGCAAAACAGUUCGUCCGCUUUUUUAGGGGGUGGGGAGGGGAGACCUGUUUAAAGGCGGACAUCCUGGGGCGUGUAGCUCACUUUGGUACUUGUCACGGAUCAGGUGACGUCUGCAGUUUCUGACAAACAGGAAAUGGGGUUGCUUCCCCUGGCCUCUUUGCCUAGGCCACCAUUGCCCAGUUUGUUUAAUCCUUCAUUUGAAAUCCUAGGCUCAGAACGCCUCAAGGCUUUCUGGACUGCCCUGCGUACUAUAUUUCUUCCAACAAAACGUAUUCUACAGAGUGGAGGAUUUGGCCGUCCUUCCACCACAGUAGGAAAGAACAAGGACUACAUCCUUGGUCCCCAGUUUCCACCACAGGAUAUGGUCAGCAUUAUUGAAUGAUUGGACUAGAAUUUAGAACCAAAGAAUUUAUGAAAUCUGAGUUCUUCCAGUGCAAUUUUAGGCAGCAACCCCAAUUCAAAAAGUGUAUUUACUAAUAGGGAAAAGAAUAUUCAUUCUUUCUUGUCAAAACUGCACUUUUAAUGCCUCGUGUUUUAGUCUGUGGUUUUUAUUUCUUAAAUCCUCUCCAAAUCUGACCCUCUGUCCCUCAUUGCAAUUACUCACCAUACUUUGGCCCACUCAUCGUCUCUCCCAGGAUCACUGCAACUAUCUCCUCACACUUCUCUUUUCUUUCUCUUUACCCACAGUGCAAAUUUGAUCAUGUCUCUCUUCUACUUCUAAACUCUCCUAUUUCCCUCAAGAUAAUAUUCAUCUUUUUAUGCCUGAAAAUUCAAGGCCUUUCACAAUCUGUCACUACUGUCUCCAUCCCACCUCAUCCAUAUCCCAUGCAGCCAUCUGUUCUCUGACUUCCACAUUCUCCUCCUCUGGUCCUUUGGGAUGCCCUCCUCACCCCUCCCCGCAUUUCUGUUUUCCACCAAAUGAUCCAUAAUACCAGGUAAAAGCCAAGGAGUGAUUGAGGAAAAGUGCCACUUGGGGGGCUUGGCUUAUCCAUUGGCACACUAGUGCCAACUAGUGGCUGCUGGGUGAACAGUUAUAUCAGGGCUGCUUUUAACAUCGAACCAGAUUGUGAGAGAAUGCAGAUUGCUGUGGAAGGGGUCCUUGGCUGGGGCUAGGACAUCAUUCAUUUGGUCACUCUAGAGUGUCCAUGGCAUCCCAAGUGACUUUAGUAAAGCAGUGUUCUGACCUCAAUGCUCUAUGGCUUAAUGCUCUAUGAUAAACCCCAAAUUUUAAUCACAUUCUGGCCCUUACAGAGUACACCUUCAAUAGCCUCCUUCGGCACACUAAACUUCAGCCAACAUGACUAUUGGGUAUUCCUCCAUCUAACUGUCUAACCCUAAAACUUUCUGUCCUUUCUCCUUGUCUGCCUUUGUUCUGUCUGUAAGGUUGUCUGGUGAUACCAAAUUAAUCACCACUUCCUCUAUGAACCAUGAGCUCAUUCCUUGAGCUGUUAUUAACUUUUCCAGGCAUUCUUCUAUGUUAUGUGUAGUGUCUUGGAAGCAGUGUGGUUUCUACAGUCAGAAAAAAAGCUGAUUUCAGAUUCUUGCUCUGCUACUUAGCUCAAAACCUUGGGCGAGUCAUUUUACUUUUCUGAUCUUCAGUUUCCUCAUCUUUUGUGAUAUUAAAGUAAAAUAAGAUAAGUGUAAUACAGGUGUCAGCUGGAGUUACACAAUCUUCCCCUUCCACCACAUGGUUCAGAAAGUCUAAGAUUCCUAGGUGGGAUCCCUUCCAUUCUCAUAUUCAUUCUUAUAUUCUCUCUCUCUCUCUCUCUCUCUCUCUCUCUCUCUCAACACAGAGCCUUUCCACUGAGCUACAUCCCACACCACUUUUUAUUUUAAGACAGAGUCCUUCUAGGUUGCCCAGGCUGGCCCCUAAGUUGUGAUCCUCUUGCCUCAGCCUCCCAAAGUACUAGAAGUAUAGGCAUGCACCACCACACCGGUUAUCUAUGACUCUGAGGGUUGGCAUCCUCUAUACCAUCUUGUCUAAGGUUCUCAGUGCAAACUAUCUCCUAUCAUAAAACUCAGAUCUUUUUUUUUUUUGGUACCGGGGGUUGAACUCUUGUCCUUCUGCUUGCGAAGCAGGCGGUGGAACCACUGAGCUAAAUCCCCAGCCCUCUCAGAUCUUUUCUUUAGUUUCACUUAUUCAUUUUCUAAGUGCCUCCCAGGUGCUAAGGAUGCAGCAGUAAGAGAAACAGAUUUAUAUUUGUGGAGUUUACCUUCUAUUGAUUGCAAUAAGCAAUCAAUGUAUAAUAAAUGUGUCAGAUGGUGAUUUGUAUUAUGGAAGAAAAAGAAGCUAAACUAAGGAUAAAGAGGAUGAUGAAUUGUGAGGGCUGCAAUGGGGAUAGCAGUCAGUUUUAGAUAAUUUGAAGGCCUUCCUGAGGAGGUCAUAUUUAAACAAAGACCUGAAUGAAGUAAAAGAGCAAAUCAUAGACAUAUCUAGGGGGAAAACCUUCUAAGCAAUUUCAAAGGUGCUAAGGGAGAACCAUGUUUGGUGUAUUGGAGGGAUUAGCAAGGAGGUCCACAGCUAGGCCAAGGUGACAUAUACAUGAAAUCAGAGAGGUGGUGGGAUGCUAGGUACGUAGGAUCUCAUGGGUCACAUGAGAAUUUCGGGUUUUAUUUCAGUGCUGAUAAGCCACUGGAGAACAUUGGCCAGAGAAACGACAAUCUGACAUAUAUAUAUAUAUUGUACCGGGAAUUGAACUCGGGACCUUGUGCUUUCGAGGCAGGUGCCAGAACCACUGAGCUAAACCCCCGGCCCCUGAUUUAUAUUUUUAAAGGAUCAUCUGUCUUCUGUAAGUUGUAGGGGAGUGUUAUGGUUUAUAUCUAGAUGUACCCUCAAAGUCCCACAUGCUCAUAGGUAGAGCUGUUGGGAGGCAAUUAGAUCAUGGAGACACUAUACUCUUUGGUGGAAUAGUCCACUGAUGAGUUUAUGGCUAAAUGUGCUGUUAGCAGGUAGGGUCCGGUCACAAGAAGUGGGUCACUGAGAGCAUGGCUCAGAAGAGGAUAUCUCCCUCCCUAUCUCUUCCUUUUGCACUCUGCUUCCUGGCCACCAUGACAUGAGCAGCUUUCCUCCAUGGCACCACUUCCACUAUGCUUUUUUCUGUGUUUGAGCCUGCCGAACAAGGACUGAAACUUCUGCAAUGUGAGCCAAAAUAAACCUUUCCUCCUUUAAGUUGUAGGUGUCAGGUAUUGUGUCUCAGCAAUGAAGACAGUAAGACAGGGAGCAAAAGCAGAAAUGGGAACACCAGUCACGAGGCAGCUGCUGUUGUCAGGUGAGAGGUGAUGAUGGCCUGCCCCAUGUAGUGGCAGCAAGUAGAUGUGGUCAUAAUGGAGAUGCAUCUUGAAGUUUCAGCCAACACAGUUUGCUGAUGUGACUGGCUGUGAGGUUUGAGAAAAAGAGAAAUAAAAGCUGGAUUCACUGGAAUUAACUGAAAAUGGAAUAUUGAUGGAGACGGGAAUUGUUUGGUUUUGGGUGUAUUGAGUUGGAUGCCCAAUAGAUAUUCGAGUAAAGACAUGGAGUAGGCAGUUGGAUAUAAUAAGCUGGGGUUCAUGUAAAUCUCUGUGGAACGUUUGGGGAAGAAAGGAUAUAAAUCACAGCAACAUAACCUAAAAUUGAAUUUUAGACAUCUAAGUUCCUUGGCCUCUUCCAGGCUCAAGCUCUAGGCCUGAAUGCCAACCAGUUUUCCCUACUACCCACCUAGUUAUUAAAGGCUUUGCUAAUGCUCUAAAAUGACACUGGUCAGAAAACAUAUCUAUUUAAAUUAUGAGCUGUCCUUCACCAGUGUUCAUCAAGGAAUCAUAAUUAUCUCCUUAACAAAAUUUGAAAUUUCUUACAAAAGUUAUCCUACAUGUUUGCAUUAAACAGUUGGUAAAGUGAAAACAUAAAAGUUAUUUAUUAUGUGAUAGUGGUUUUCUUUCCUUCUUAGAGUCACUGUUUUUGUUCCAUUCUUCUAAUAGACUGGCCUCCAGUGCCUCAUAAACAAAGGACUUGAUUUGAUUUAAGGCUCAGGAGAAGAAUGGUGUUGACCCCAACCUAGGAUAUCAGCUGUUCCAUCUUUCUUUACUUCUCAAAACACAUUACUCAUACCUUUCUCCUAGAGUAGUUAUCUUCAAAUUUUCUUGCUCAUGGACUCCCUAAAGGAAUUUUGGAGAGAUCGCUUCUUGGCCUUUUGGCCGAGAUCAAGUGUAGGAAUUUUGGAGAACUGUACUGCUUAGCCAUUUACAUUAAAAUUUUCAUCUUAAAUUCAAAUAUUUGCAAGAGAUUUGAUUUCUUAUAUAUGAUGUUGACAUUUUAAAAUAUGGGCUUGGGGUGUGGCUUAGUGGUAGAGCUCUUGCCUUGCAAGCAGGAGGCUCUGGGUUUGAUCCUCACACUACAAAGAAAAAAAAAUAACUCUUCAAAAUAUAUCCAACAUUAUAUCAAAGUGAUAUAUCCAUAUCCAGAAGAUAUGAGAUCUUAUACAUGUUUUGUUAGAUUUACACCUAAGUAUUUCAGUUUUCAGGAUAUUAAUAUAACUGAUAACCUGUUUUAAUUUCAAUUUCUACUUGUUCAUUGUUGGGGCUAUAGUUUGGAUGUUUAACAACCCCCAAAAGUCUCUGUGUUAAAGGCUCGGUCUCUAGAGAGGAGUUAUCAUUGUAAGGCAGUAGAACCUUUGAGAGGUGGGGCCUAGUGGGAGGUCCUUACAUUAUUGGAGGUGUACCUCCAAAAGGGAUUGUGGGACCCAGGCCACUUCCUCUUUCUCUUUUGCUCUCUGGCCCGUGACAUAAGUAGGUUUGCUCCAACAUGCACUCCCUGCCCUUGCAAUCUGGCAGCACCCCAUCAGAAGCCAAAAGCAAUGGGCCCACCUGAUCUUGGACUGGAACCUCUAAAACUGUGAGCCAAAAUAAACCUUUUCUAAGUUAAUUAUCUCAAAUAUUUCAUCAUGGUAAUGGAAAGCUCACUAACAGAGCUGGUAUAUAUGAAAGUGCUUGCCUUUUUAUGUUAAUCUUAUACCUCUAGCCUUACUCAUUUAUUAGUUUCAGAAGUUUUUGGUGGUGGUGGUAUUGAUUUUGGGGGAUUUUCUACAGAGCCAAAUAUCAUCUACAAGCAAAGAUGUUUUUAUUUCUUUCUUCUAAAACUAUAUAUAUUUACCUCCUUUUCUUAUUGCAUAAGCUAGCACAUUUAGUACAGUGUUGAAAAGGAGCUGUGAGAGGGGACAAUAUGGCCUUGUUCCUGAUUUUAGCAAUAAAGCUUCAAACUUCUCACCAUUAAGUAUAUUAACUGUAAGGUUUUCAUAUACAUUCUUUAUGAAGUUGAAGAAAUUUCUAUUCUUAGUUUACUAAGAAUUUUUGUCAUGUAUGGAUGUUGCGAUUUUGUGAAAUACUUUUUCUGAACCCAUUGAUAUGGUGGUAUGAUUACUCUUCUUUAGCCUGAUAAUAUGAUUGAUUGAAUUAAUUGAUUUCUAAAUGUUGAACUAGGGGUAGGGAGGAGAGGAGAAGGGGAUGAAAAAAGAAUGUAUUAUGUACAUGUACCAACUUUCCAUGAUAAAUGUAAUCAUUUUGUACUGCAAACAUGUACUAAUAAAAAAUUUUAAAAAUAAA